AUGUCGCGGGGGUUUCCCGAUUUCCCGGAAAUAACGAGCGAGAACUUUGAACAGAGUCUCUCAUCUGAUCAGAGCUUCGCGGAGUUCUUCAACGACUUCCUGCUGCUUCCGGUGUUUGCCGUGGCUGUGAGGUAUGAUGGGAUCUCUGCAGGCUUCGAGCUGCUGGAUCACACCGCUGUCUGUCUGUCCCGCCGGAUCAGAACCGCUCUGCGUGAGAUCCGGUCCAGAACUCUGUCGGACCCGAGCUGGAUCCCUGCAGAACCCCUACGAGACAACAGCUACAGCGUCACUCGUCUGGACCGAGCUCAGACCGUCCAGUGGCUGAAGAGAGACAGACUGCCGUUUUUCCUGCAGAGCGACUGUUAUUUUGAGUUCAGGUUGGCUAAAUGUCUGUCUCAGCUCAGCGGUGCUUCAUCCUCUCAAGCGCUGCGGUGUGCUGAGUGCCGGCUUCUGUCUGCUCGGCGGUUUGGCAGCUUCUCAGAGGAGAUGGACAGCAGCUUCAUCUCUCCAAACACUGACUGCAGCACAGCACACGGUCGUUCCCGAUCCAGCUUUCUGGAGUUUAAGAGGUCUCUGGUCGGUGGACCGGGAGAGAAUAUUCUUCAUCUGUGGAUGGAUGUCGAACGACUGAAAACACUCAGCACAAAGACCAAGAGCAGGUAUUUAGGGUGGAUGAAGGGUCAGUAUGUGGUCAGCAGCAGCGCAGCGGCUCUGAGUGAACAGCUGCUCUCUAGACUGGGGUUAAACAGCACCACCUGCUGGAGAGAGGAGCGACUGCGAGACGUUCAGCCCCGUCUGUCAGAGAUCCUGCUGCUGUACUGGGGUCAGCGCUUCUGCUUGAUUCUGUCUGAUCAGUGGCAGAUCUGUGAGCGAGGGUUGAGUUCUUCUGUCUGUACGGAGCUCUGCGUCUGCAGUGAUAUGAGAGUUGAGCUGGACGGCAGUGAGAUUCAGACUCUGCUGGAGGCUCUACACACUGAAUCCAGAUCUGGUUUCUUUUUCACUCACUUCUGUCAGAAUUCAGGGCAGCAGUUGUGGGAAAAUACUGUGUAUUUCUGCUCAGAAUUUCUGUCAGUGUGUGUGUGUUUUGUCUCGUCUCAGCUCCUGUAUGCCUCGUACCUGAGCAGCGGCGCUCAGAUGAGCGUGGGCUUGAGCGAGGAGGACAGGAGAGCCGUUCUGCUGCGUCUGAGUCCCCCGUUCGAGGAUCUGUUUGACCGGGCGGAAGAACAUGCUCUGAGAGUCCUGCUGGAGCCCUGGACGCUGUUAUCAGAGAAACUCAGAGAUGCACCACACACUGUGGCGCAGUGGCAGGAGGUGCGUUACGCCGAGGCUGAGCUCUUCCAGACUCUACAGACUCUUUACACACACACGCAGAGCAGACGACAGCAGGAGCACAGGACUGCAGCUGCUCCAGCAGAGGGCAGCAGAGCGCCGGGUCUUUGGGCAAAGGUUCCGCGUGAGUUCCGCGGGGUCCGUCUGGAUUCUCUGCUGAGGAACCGCAUGGAACUGCAGCACUUCCUGUCCUUCCUGGAGGAGAAUUCGGCCAGUCUGGAACUGCAGUGCUGGCUGGACGUGGAGCACCUGAAGAAGAGUGAUGGAGCGCUGCUGGAGGAGAGAAACACCAGCAUCAAAGACAAAUAUCUCAGCAGCAACUUCCUGUUUGGACCCGACAGCCCGGCCACUGAAGAACAGCAGAUGAGGUUGUUGCAGAUGUGCGGCGGAUGGCAGCGUCUCCAGCGUGAGUCCGUCUCUCUGUCCGUUCUCACGGAGCUUCAGUCUCUGCUUCACAGUCGUCUAGAAACUCGAUGGCUGCCGCUGUUCCUCUCGAGCUCACAGUUCAUCAGGCGUCAGCAGCAGAAGGGGUCAGACGUGGAGUGUGAGCAGCAGCCGGUCGUCCGUCAGCGCAGGAGGAGACACGCGUGGAAGGUGUCUGGAGGUCUGAUGAGCUCGUCUCAGGAGUCGGUGGCUCUGCGCAGGGCUCUGUUGAAUCCCGUCACCCGUCUGCAGUUCCAGAAGUUUCUGUCUGUUCGUGAUGAUCUGCUGGAGAACGAUCUGCUCUUCUGGCUGGAGGUUCAGAGAUACAAGGAUCUGUGUCACUCCCGCUGUGAUGACGUCACGCUCCAGAGGAAGGUGUCCAUCAUCAUCAGCUGCUUCAUCAGUUCGUGCAUCCCGCCAGCGCUGCAGAUCCAUGUUCCUCCAGACGCAGCGCAGAGAGUCGUGAGUCAGCAGCGAGCACUCGGCCCGUACGUCUUCAGAGAGACGCAGGCGUGUGUGUUUGACGAGCUGCUCAAGCACUGGCCGGAUUUCAUGGCAUUGCGCUCCGCCGUCGGGGAGAACGAGCUUCAGCUAGUGCUGGAGAGAGAGACACGGAGCAGCAGACCGACAGAAGAGCAGGACGACAGCAGCUCUCAGGAGGAUGAGGCUCAUGCUGCUGAUGAAGAGCAGAACUGUGGGACUGACGGCACGAGAGCGGCCACAUAUAAGAUCUCCUGGUCCUACACCAAACACAUGGCGGCGCUGGAACACGAGAACACGCCAGAGAGCAGCGCAGCUGUGACAGCAUCAUCACACGCACAUCAGCUCCAGACGCCGGACAGACGCGCAUCUGAUCAGAUGAAGAAUCAGAACGAACACGGAGCUGAAAAACAUGAACGUUUGUCUGUCGCAUCGAAGGCAGAGCCUGAACCGAACAAAUGACACGCGUGACGUCAG